GAAACAUCUUGUCCCUGUUGUGCCGCUUAUGCCUGAUAUCUCGGUCCCAAGCAUGGAAAAAAGCAGUGACUCGCGCAAUUUCCCUCAGACACUGCUCAGAUGCCGCAAGAUCCUCAGGAACAUAGAUACGUGGAGGAGGGAGAGCCGAGCACAGCGUCAUCAGUAUAUGAUGAUGUAGACGCGGAGGACGACGCAGACUUCCAGUCGCAACAUUCCCCGAACAAGCAGUCCCUCUCAGAAGCAUCCUCAGAUUCCGAUGACCAGGCCCCCGAGGAUGGUGUCUCCACGUUGCACUACCCUUUCCGACACUCGACCGGUUCUCUCCAGGGAUUGAAUGCCUUUGCUCCCCCCUUCUACAACCGUCCCCCGACCCCACUGCCGCCGUCCCCUUCAUUCACAUCGCUUCUCCGUCCUCCUUUCUCUACUACCACCUCCCGUCCGACGACUCCAGAUAGUUCAGAUGUUGAGACGACAAACGACACCGAAGCGGCCGUGGCCAAGUCAGCUCGUCAGGCGACGACCGUCCCCCGAGCUAGUCCCAAAGUGCCCACGUACGAGUACUACGGCUUUGUCCUAUAUCUUGCUUCUUCAUUGGCUUUCUUGAUCUACCUUCUGUGGUCAUAUCUUCCGUCGCCCUUCCUCCAUCAAUUGGGGAUAUACUACUAUCCUAACCGCUGGUGGUCCCUGGCCAUACCUGCAUGGCUCGUGAUGUUCCUAGUCUACAUUUAUGUCGCUCUUGCAUCGUACAACACCGGAUACCUAACACUGCCGAUGGACAGUAUCGAGAAUAUCGUGGAUGAGGUUGCAAAUGUUGCAGUCAUCGAUGGGAAAGGCCGUCGGCGACCAGGAGGCUCCACAAUGAUGAAAUCGAGUGCCACAUCCUAUCAGAUAAUGGGCCCGCAGAACCGCAAGGUGAAUUGGCGGGAGAUCUGGGGCGAAGGAACCGACGCAGUGAUGGACGUACCUAUAGGAGGCGUGUGCGAAGUUUUAUAUGGACAGGAAAGGGGGGAUGAAGAAACGGGUGAACAACCGGCUGGCUUUACAGGGCGACGAAGGUCGUCACGUAGAAAAUAUUUGUAGAGGAGUCGGCUACUCGAAUGCCGUUUUAACUGCGCUUCAGUGUGAACCUCGUAGUCCGUCAAUGUUAGUAUCAUGAUGACCUCGGCGACUGCCUACGCCGUAGCGAUGGUUGCCUCGAGCGUUCCCGGGCAUGGCAUCAUUG